AUGAUCAUCCUUCGUGCCCUCCUCGUCCUCGUUCCAAUCCUCCUCUCUCUUCGGUGCGAGGCAGCCAUCGUCAAGCGCGAUGAGCACGCUCUUGUCAUCCCUCUCGCCUACGAUCCCACAUCCCGACUCAUGACUGCCACCAUCAGCAUCGGCAACCCUUCCUCCGAUUACAACCUCAUCGUCGACACCGGUUCGCCCUUUCUCAACAUCCAGUCCUCCUCGUUCCACACCACCUCGUCCACCAUCGACCCGCACGAUGCAGGUCAACCCGACAUGUCCGGUGCCAGCGGCUACUUCACUACCGACCCCAACGCCGGCGAUGGGGGUGGGCAGAAACCUCAGAUGCACUUUGUCACGGAUAGCGCGUAUCUCGUUGAGAACGGCCGAGCGGGCGGCGGGGCAAAGGGUGGGAAUGUCACGGUGGGGCUGAGUCACAUUGACGGAUUGAAGCUGGGCGGGAUUCUGGGGUUGAGUCCGCCAUUUAGCAAGUUGGUGGCUCCGAACCAGCCAGGUGGGGGGAAUGAUGGGACCAAGGGAAAGAAGAAGCGCGACUCCCCUGCUUUAAACGGGGGAGGGGGAGGGGUGCCAAGCUUAGACGUCUCCUUCCUCCACACCUACCUAUCGGACUCCAACAGAAAGACGAUCUGCGCAGGACACUUCUACCUCGCACUGAACGCCAAUCCUCCCAGUGGGAACCUUGUCUUUCCGCUCACCGGCAAUUCUCUGCCCACCGACAUCGAGGGGUACGAUUUCCCGAACAAGAUCACGAUCGAUCCUUCGUCCGGAUCCACCUUCCCGCACAAGCCGUACUGGGGCAUUGCCCACCGUCCCGACCUGCGAUUUGCUCUCGAUGGGAAAGUGCUCGAGAACGUGCGUGUCGAUGCGAUGCUGCUGGACAGUGGGACGAGUGGCAUUGUUGGACCUCCUUCGGAGGUCGCCAAGAUCUUUACAGCGACAGGUGCGAGGGUGACGACCGUCGCGCCUCCCAAGGGUUCCACGGCGAUGCUCGGCAAAGCGGCCUGCUCGUCGGGUCUGCAGAUGGCGUUCGACAUCGGCGGGAAGCGAGCAGCGUUCGAGACGGUGAGGCAGCCCGUGCAGGGAGACAGUGGGACGCGCGAGGCUGGACACAUUGACUUUCCAUCCAACGGCGACUACGGUCAAACCUGGGCGCCCUGGAGGAGCUACGACGGCGCCUACGGUCCCAUGUGGGCUCCGUGGAAGAGUUACGUCGACGAGGGCGUUCGCGCCUACGCACACGGCAUGGGCGGCUUCUUCGACGCCUGGCGUGGCUUGAUCGGUCUGCGCAAGAGACACCUCCGUCGACGCAUGCAGGUCGGAACAGAGCUCGUGGGCCAAGAUAUGGGUGACCAGUGCGAGGUCUCCCUCGUCGGCAGUGCUCAGGUCGAGAAGAUGUUUCCGGGUAACGGGCCCGAUUUCAAAGUGUGGAUCGUAGGCGUCGAGUUUUUCCAGAGGAACUUGGUGUAUCAUAACGUGGACACGGCUCAGACGGUCAUUGUGCCGAAGAAGGAGGGGCAGUGA